CUGCGACCUCCGAUUCCGAUUUCACAGCCGCAGCCACAGCCACAGCCACAGCCACAUCUGAAUCCACCUUGGACCCGUGCUCUCCGCCAGACUCAUGUACUACGCUGUCGAUUACUACGCGGAUAUGGGACAAAUCUCUCAAGAUUGUUUCGCUGCAACGAAAACCGGAGCAUCUGACCUUGACAUGGAUGAGCUGGAUGACUUGGACCAGGUCACCCAAGUGAUUGGCUACCAUCCCCAGUUCCACGACCACUUUCUGCGCACCCAGAACUUUAUAAUGAAGGGAGAUGGACCGCUGCCGAACGACUACAGAUACUAUUUGGCCAUAAUUUGCACUCAUGCUAGCUUCCCCUCUGAAAACCCCCAGGCUGCCGCCCGACAUCAAUGUCCGUAUCUGGUGAAGCGGUACGAGAAGGAGUUCAUCAACCAGGGCGGAGAUAGCGCCUGGCUGGGCGGCCUGGACUUUAUACCACCCAAACUUCGUGCCAUAUACGAUAUCAAUAAAAUAUUAGCCCAUCGUCCCUGGCUGCUGCGCAAGGAGCACAUCGAGCGGCUGACCAAGGGGAAGAACAGCUGGUCCCUGUCGGAGGUGGUGCACGCCAUGGUGCUGCUUUCGCAUUUCCACUCGCUGUCCUCCUUUGUGUUUUCCUGCGGUCUCACACAGAAGCUGGACGGCUUGUCUAGCCCAAAAUUGAAGAGUCCGCCGGCCGUGGUGGCCGCCCAUGAGCUGGAGCUCCUGGGCCCCCCGACCAUCGGCAGCAACACCACCAACACCAUCACCCCCACCUCCCCGACGGACCUGCAGAGAGCGAGGGAGAUCUCGAUCAACAAUGCAAAGCCGGAUUACAAUAGCCAAACCGCAGCGAAACACAAUGGAGGACCGGCACCUGACUCUGGAAGCACUGUCGGGGAUGGCCAGGGACCCGAUGCCACAGCCCUCAACGGAUAUUUGGCCACGGCGCAACAACUGCCGCAGCAGCACGGCAUCAGUGUGGAGGCGCUUAUGGAGCGCAUGAAGGUCCUGUCCCAGAAGCAGGACGAGUGCAGCGAGGCCGAGCUGAGCAGCCGCUUCCAGAAGGUGGAGCAGCAGACCGCCGAGCUGGCUGCCGUGAUUCCGGAGGCCACUGUUGCCGUGCCGACUAAUCUAACGCACUACGUAGACGAUGCCAAUUUCAUUUACCAGGACUUUGCCCGCCGCGGCACAGAGAGCAUCAACACGUUUCGCAUUCAGGACUACUCCUGGGAGGAUCACGGCUAUUCACUGGUGGAUGGGCUGUACAACGAUGUGGGAACCUUUUUGGAUGCCAAGUUUCGGGCCGCCUACAAUCUCACCUACUGCACCAUGGGCGGCAUCAAGAAUGUGGACACGUCCAAGUUUCGACGGGCCAUUUGGAACUACAUCCAGUGCAUCUACGGCAUACGUCACGAUGACUAUGAUUAUGGGGAAGUGAAUCAGCUUCUUGUUCGCCCCUUGAAGAUGUUUAUUAAGACAGCCUGCUGCUUUCCCGAGCGUAUUACAACCAAGGAUUAUGAUAGUGUGCUGGUCGAGCUGCAGGACAGUGAAAAGGUUCAUGUGAAUCUAAUGAUAAUGGAAGCCCGUAAUCAGGCCGAGUUACUCUAUGCUCUGCGCGAGAUAAUGCGCUAUAUGACUUGAUCUCAUUAAGUGAAUAAACAUACGUAUAUCUAUAUAUUACACGCCCAACAAAAGCAACUCACCUACACCCACUCACAUUACCCACACGUACAUGCAUAAAACAUUUUGUUAUUUUGAGAGCGCAUCGAAAAUUCAGCGAAAGAAACGAAACGGAAACGGAAACCAGAGGACUUCAAAGACAGGAGGAGCCAACAGUUACACGGAGAGAAAUAAAUGCUUUCUGCUUGCUUAUCAAUGUCAGUGUAUGCGCUAAGCUUACACAAACAGCAAUUAAUAGCCGUUCAAUAUUGGUGUCCAUUAAAUGAAUGUGAAACGUUAACUACUCAAUUAACAAUAGUCUGUGUCUAUGGUUAGCCAACACGCAAAAUAAUCACGUAUACAACCACAAUGCAAAAACGAAAGUGUUUCUUAAACUAAGCUGAACUCAAAAACAAAACUUUCUGUCUGUUUCCUCUUCGUGAAUGUGCAAGCAAUAAUCACUGUACAUAUGUAUUAUGUUUUGUUUUAUUAUUUUAGCAAAAUAAAAAAAAUAUUUUAAAUAUU